UUUCAACACUACUAUAUAACAAAUAAUUUGAGGAUGAUUAAACUGUGAAAGAUUCUAUGUUUUUAAUCAGAGGAGAAUAUCCGGAACUUAAAUUUAUCUUCCCAAGAUGCCUCAAGAGUACCAGCUUCCAGAUAGGGUCUACAAGUACCCAUUUGAGCUCAUUAUGCUGGCAUACGAGCGACGAUUUCCAACAUGCUCAAUGAUUCCCGCCUUUCUUGGCAGUGAGACCAUCCAUGAGUACAAGAGUAAAGAUGGAGCAGUUCAUGUUAUUGAGAGGAGAUGUAAGAUUGAUGUUGAAGCACCUUAUCUUCUUAAAAAGGUAUGUGGAGCCGACCACGUGUUCUUCAUUCAAAAGAACUCGCUCAACCUGAGGAACCGAACUCUGAACAUUGUUGCAACCAACGAGACUUUCAGCAGUCGAGUGAAGAUCAAGGAGGAGUGCGCAUAUAAGCCACACCCUGAUAAUGAAGAAUGGACUAUUUUCACCCAGCGAGCUACUCUGAACAUUAUCAGCUUCUUUGGGAUCGAGGCUCAGGUUGAGAAACUUGGCAUCAAGGCCUAUCACAAGAAUAUCAAGAAGGGGAAAGAGAUAAUAAUAUACUAUGUAAACGAGUUAGAAUCUGAGGGAGUGGUCACCGCACCCCGCUGGUCCCAACCUGACAACAUAGACUCAGAUUCAGAUUCCGACGACUCGUUUGCCAGUGCUGAUGACGACACUAGAAUGGACGAUCUGACCAGAGCUGAAUUCCUAGAUUUGCCUUACUGCCUAGGAGUAAGUACCAAUGACUACAAGUUGGAUAGUGAUUACAUAACGACCCACUUGGGAGAGCUGAACCCAAUGGAGGAGUGUUCUAUCAUACAACUUGCUAAAAGGAUGAAACAAACGUUCGACAAGAUUCCAGAUGAGAGAGUUCUCCUCAGAUUCCUCCGAGCUCGUAAUUUCGACAUAGAAAAGACACGAGAGAUGUUGAUAAAGUCGAUGGCCUGGAGAAAACAGUACAACAUAGACGCUCACCUAGAUAUCUGGACACCGCCUCCCAUUAUCGAGAAGUAUCUACCGGGAGCCUGGCAUCGCAGUGAUAAAGAUGGACGCCCGGUCUAUAUCCUGCGUCUCGGACACCUCGACAUCAAGGGUAUGUUACGCGCGGUCGGGGAGGACGCACUCCUACGUUACGCGCUGUACAUAUGUGAACAAGGCAUUCAGAAGACUAAUGCAACCGCUCAAAUCAGAUAUCUCAGUUCCUGGACGCUGCUGAUUGAUCUGGAGGGACUUAACUUAAGACAUCUUUGGGCUCCAGCCAGGAUUGCUAUGAGACGGUUUACUGAGGUGAUGGAGCAGAAUUACCCUGAAACGCUGGGGGUUGUACUGAUAGUACAAGCUCCACGCCUCUUUCCUCUCGCGUGGACUCUUGUUAAGAGCUUUAUCAAUGAAAAUACGAGGAGGAAGUGUUUGGUCUACGGUGGCAAUGACUAUCUGGAAGACGAUGGAAUUCACAGUUACAUUCACCGGGAGGAUAUCCCCGACUUUCUAGGUGGUCCUAGUCCUUGCAACAUUGAGUGCAAUGGUCUUGUGCCCCGAGAAGAUUACACUAGGUCAACAGAAGAAGUACUGGCAAAGGAAGCUGGCCUACAAUCUUUAUAUAAGAAUUGUACUAUAAAAAAGGGUGAAAUUCACGAGGUUCAAGUAGAAGCAGAUGUUGACGGUGUAAUCACCUGGGACUUUGAUUGUGUUCUGGGAGAGCUACAGUUUACCGUAUCUCAACGUAUCUUCGCUCAGCCUCAGUGCAAUAGUUCACUUGCUGGACUUGUUGAGAUGGCGGGCAUCACUUACUCUACAACGCCGAAUACCUCCCAAAUACAGAGUCCGACAGACAGCUACACGGACAAUAUCGUGGAGGAAAGCACGGUGUGUUCCUAUUUAGAGGGAGACAGUGUCCAGGGAUCUUUCUAUGUUUCAAAACCCGGCACUUAUAUCUUGUCCUGGGGAAAUGUUACUCCUGCUGCAAGCAUCUGUUCUAAAAGCACUUUCCUCUAUUCUAUCGAGACGAUAGAACCAAAAGACUACGCUGGAUCUGUCUCUUCCCUUACCUCCUCCUUCUCCAACCUCUCCUCUGCUGGGAGUAGCUGGAAUACCUCCUCCGUUGCCAGCUGGAACAGCAUGGUCUCUAGAUAGAGUUAUACUGGAGAUAAAUAUCAUCUCUUAAUCUUUGUCUUGGACUCGCGUCAGAUCUCAGCCGAUCUACUUUCGGAUUUUGGAUUUGCGCCAAGGAUUUUAUGAUAUUAUGAAAUAUUGAUAUGGGUCCUGAUCUUGAUGAAAUUGAUCGGGCCAGUAAGAACUGUUAGUGUGAUGUGGGAUUAAACUGUAGAUUUACAGUAGACAGCAUUAAAUCUACGGAAUGAUGAUUAAAGCAAGACGUAAUCAAGCUAUGAUUAUAUAAAUGAUGAAUAACGAUUUAAGAUGCAUGGUCGUUAAGCAUAUAUUUCUGAAAUGGAAUGCUGUUAGAAAAGCCACAUUUUUGUUAUUAUACGAAUUAAGUGGGAAACAAAUGAUAUGUCGCUAUUGAUAUUUCCGAGUAAACCGGUUGAAUGGAGGGACUUUAUUGAAAGUCUGAUCUUCGAAUCUUAAUGAUGGUAUUCU